AUGGGUGUUUUCGACGCCGUGCGUGGUCGGGACGACAAUGGUCGCAUGACCCAGUCCGUUGUUGAUACCACAAACUUCGAAGAAUCCAAGCAUGUGCAGUCGGAUGCGGCUGGCACUGACGCAAUUGAGCCUCCCCCAAACUAUGACUCUCAGACGCCCAGCGACUCUGAUUCGGCUUCUGGCGCCAAUGGCAUCCUCGAUGAUGAAAAGGAGGUUGACAAGAACCCUCAGCAUGUCACGGACACGGCUGGCUUGGGUCAACAGAAGGCUGAAGCUGCUGCCUUGGUUUGGAGUCGUCCAGCCGUCAUUGGUAUCUAUGUCUGGAUCUGGGUGGGCUUCUUCAUGCUUGCCUUCCACUCGGCAAUCAGCUCCAGUCUGAUGAACUGGGUAUACGGAAGUUUCUCCUCGGCCCCGCAAAUUUCGACCGCGUAUAUCCUGGCCAGUAUCAUCGGUGGAGUUCUGAAGCUUCCCCUGGCCAAGACCCUGCAGCUGUGGGGUCGCGCAGAGGCUCUGCUGUUCUCCACUGCAAUCUACAUCCUCGGCAUGAUCAUUCUAGCGGCAUGCAAUGGCCCCAACGCCUUUGCCGCUGGAUACGUCCUGUACUGGAUUGGCUACUACUGCAUGUAUCUGAUUCUGGACAUCUUCGUUGCGGAUACCACGGGCCUGCGCUCGCGAGCCUUUGCGUUCGCCUUUGCCUCGACUCCGUUUAUUUGCACCGCGUUCACCGGCUCUUUGGCGGCACAGUCGAUCUAUAAUACUUCCGGUUGGCGCUGGGGAUAUGGAAUGUUCUGUAUCAUUCAGCCCGUCGUAUUCUGCCCUCUGGCCCUGCUGUUCAAGUUUUAUGAGCGCAAGGCUAUCAAGAUGGGAGUGUGGCAGCCCAGGAACUCCGGACGUACCAAGAUGCAGUCGAUUGUCCACUACUUCCAUGAGUUCGAUGUUAUUGGUGCCUUCCUGCUUAUGGCUGCUUGGGUCAUCUUCCUGCUCCCCUUCAGCUUGGCCCAGUAUGGCCGUUCUCAGUACAAGUCCGCCACUUUCAUCGCAAUGGUCAUUAUCGGCUUCUGCCUGCUCUUCGUUUUCGCUGCGUGGGAGAAAUGGUUCGCGCGCCACCACUUCAUCCGUUACGAACUGCUCAAGAGACCCACCAUUCUAGGCGCCUGCGUCUGCUCUGCCGUUGCUUACUUCAGCUUCUACCUGUGGGAUCAGUACUACUACAACUUUGUGCUGAUUACCUACAACCUGGACAUCAGCAUGGCUGGCUAUAUGUCCCAGAUCUACAACGUUGGGUCGUGCUUCUGGUCCCCGAUUCUGGGUCUUAUCAUCUGGUGGACCAAGCGAUUCAAGUAUAUUGUCUUGUUCUUUGGUGUUCCAUUGAUGCUUCUCGGCUCCGGUCUGAUGAUCUAUUUCCGAGGCGGCGAGCAUGGAAUUGGUUAUAUCGUCAUGUGCCAGAUCUUCAUCGCGUUCGCUGGAGGUACCAUCGUUAUUGGCGAGGAUAUGGCUGUCAUGGCCGCCGGUGGCCGUGAGGGUACACCCAUGAUGCUGGCCUUGAUUGGCUUAUUCUCUAGCAUCGGUGGUGCCAUCGGUUAUGCCGUAUCUGCUGCCAUCUACAACAAUGUGUUUGUGGAUGCCCUGGCCAGUCGCUUGCCCGACGAUCUCAAGGCCAACGCGACCGAGAUUUACCUCGGUGGUAUCAACGUGCAGAAUACCUACCCGGUGGGCUCGGCUCUCCGUGAUGCCUGCAUCUAUGCUUGGGGCUAUGCUCAGCGCAUGAACUGCAUUGCCUCGACCUGCAUUCUGGUCCUGCUCAUUCCUGCCGUCGCCGUGUGGAAGAACUACGAUGUCGGCAAGAAGCAGAACAAGGGUACUAUGCUUGCCGACUGA